AUGCACCCUACCCCUGUAUAUUCACAUGUUGGCCAAGGAGAAUUUUCUGAAGUCUAUGAACCAGCAGAAGACACAUUUCUAUUUAUUGAUGCCUUGGAAGAAGAAGUUGAUGAGCUCACAGCUAGGGUUGAGCUCUGCCUUGAAAUUGGCUGUGGGUCUGGUGUUGUGUCAGCUUUUGUAGCAUCAAUUCUUGGACCGAAAGCUCUCUAUCUAUGUACUGAUGUUAACCCUUUGGCAGCUUCAUGUACCCUUGAGACAGCACGCAACAACAAAGUACUCAUUGAACCAGUUAUAAAUGACUGACCUGGCCAGUGGGCUUUUACCAAGGCUGCAGGGCCAAAUCGAUUCUUCUUCUGUUUAAUCCCCCUUAUGUUGUCACACCUUCCGAGGAAGUAGGAGGUAAUGGAAUACAAGCUGCCUGGGCAGGAGGUAAAAAUGGCCGGGAAGUUAUGGACAGAUUUUUUCCUCUGGUCCCUAAGCUCUUGUCUCCUAAAGGAUUAUUCUACCUUAUAGUUCUAAAAGAAAAUAAUCCAGAUGAGAUUGUGGAACAAUUGAAGUCAUAUGGAUUACAAGGAUCCAAUUUGCUUUCUAGAAAAGCAGGGAGAGAACAUCUUCUUGUUCUAAAAUUUUGGCGAUCUCUAGAUUGA